CACUGGGCACUAAUUCAGAACAAAACAAACAAAAUUGCCUACUCAGCAGUAAAUCAUCUUUUUAUAAUACUUUAAUUAUAGUCAAGGUCUCUCUUCUGCUCUACAGACAACAAAAUGCCUCACACCAUCCUGUUGUUGCAACCCACCAGUGGCCAUGAGUCGAGAACAUUCACAGAUUAUGAAACGGUUCAGGAGUGCUUAGAAGGUAUCUGCAAGAUCUAUGAGGAGCACCUAAGGCAAGUCCACCCACACAGUCCGUCCAUCACAUAUGACAUCAGUGAGCUGUUCAAGUUUGUGGACAACCUCUUUGACCUCAGCUGUCUAGUCCAUCAGUCCUCAACCAACACCUAUGCCCCCCAUAACAAGGAAUGGCUCAAAGAGAAAAUCUACGGGAUGCUCAAAAAGCAGGCUGGUGGCACUGUGCGGUGAUCUCAAAGCGCACCAGACUCCACUCUUUUUUUGACUCUAAACAAAUUUUUCUAACAUGUGACAUGCUCAUGAUUAUACAUUGCACUUCACUUUGUAUAAAUGUAACUCUUUUUUUUGUGGGUGUUAGCUGCUAUAUACAAAAUAGAUGAAUAGAAUUGCCAA